AUGUUUUCUAUUCUAUUCUUAAGUUAUUUCAUUCUAACUACGAAUAGUUUAUCAAUAAAUAUUAUCGAAAAAGAUUUAAAUAAAUCAAUCGAUAAAAUUCUUCUUAAUGAAGAGAAUUUAUACAUAAGUACAAAUAAUAUUCUACAUCGUCUAUCAUCUUUAACCCUAAAUCAAACAUUAACGCCAUUGGAAUUUCCAAAAACUUCUCAUAUUAAAAUUUUAUUAACAAUUUCCAAUGAUAAAAUAUUUUUAUGUGGUACAUAUGAUCAAGGUUUAUGUCAGAUAAUCGAUAAAAAUUUUCAAUUUAUUAUUAAUUCAACAUUUCCAAUUGUUGCUAACGAUCCAAUCAAUAGUACAAUUGCAUUAAUAAUACCAGAAAAAAAUUUGAUCUAUUUUGGUGUUACAUAUACAAAUGAUGGUAAAUAUCGUUGGCAAAUACCGAAUAUAUCUGGACGUUCAUUAAAUAUAUCACGUUUUAUGAAAAUUUUAUCUGUUAAUGAUAAUGAUGAUAUGAUUUCACAUGAUGAUUUAUCAUUACGUUUUAUGUCAAGACAACAAACAACAUUUAUUGUUCAAUAUAUUUAUUCAUUUUAUACGAAAAAUUAUAUUUAUUUUCUAACAAAUCAACCAAAUGAUAAUGAACAAAAAAGUUUAAUAACAAAAAUUGUUCGUUUUUGUCGUGAAACAUCAUAUUCAAUUAUACGUACAUAUACGGAAAUACCGUUGAAAUGUGUUAAUUCAGAUUGGAUUCUUAAAACAGCAGAUAUUAUUUAUAAUAGAAAUAAUCAACAAAUUUUAAUUGGAUAUUUUACAAGAAAAGAUGGUACAGGUGGUACGAAUUUAUGUUCAUGGAAUAUUCAAAAUGAUAUUGAUCAAGCAUUUGAAGAUAAUUAUCGAACAUGUUAUUCAAAAGGAAUUGGACAAAGAGGUUUAGAAUUUAUCAAACCAAAUGAACCAUGUAGAAAAGAUGAAAGUUGGUCAAUACCAAUAAAUGAUAAUAAUAUAUGUCCUUGGAUAAUUAGUGAUCGUUUACCUUAUCCAGUUGGUGGUACUACACCUGUUAGAGGUCGGUUAUUAUAUGAAAAUAUAAUUGAAAAUUCUAGUGUCAUUAAAAUGUAUUCAUUCAAUUCAAUGAUACUUGUUUUUCAAGGUUUAACUAAUGGUACUUUUAAGUUAGGUCUAUUCGAUUUUGAAGUAAAUAUAAAUUGGUUUUAUUCAUAUCAAUUAUCGACUCAAGCAUCUAUUCUUUCUGAUAUUAUAUUUGAUAAAAAUCUUGCAACAUUUUAUUUAGCAUCAGGAACAAAGGUCUAUCGUAUAUCAUUUUUGGGUGAUUGUACAUCACGCUUGUCAUGUGAUGAAUGUUUAUCUUCAUCAAAUAAUCCAUUGUGUGGUUGGUGUACAAUGAAUCAACGGUGUACAUUAGCUAAUGAUUGUCCUUUGAAUUCAUGGCAACAAGAGAAUAAUCAAUGUACACAUAUUAUUAAUGUUGAACCAUUGAAAGUUUCAGUUGACAAUAGUCAAUGGAUUAAUUUAACUUUAUCGAAAUUACCACAAUUAGAACAUAAUGAAAUCUAUCAAUGUAUCUUUAUGAAUAAAAUUAUGUCGGCAUAUACACAAGCAAUUAAAUUAGAUCAUAAUCGUCUUUCGUGUCCCACGCCAUCAAAUAAAAAUAUUCAUAUGUUAAAAGGUUCUCAUUCAACUGUUCGUCUAUCUGUAAUAAAAUGGCCAUCGAAUACUAGCAUUGCUACUGUACCUGAAUUUACAUUUUAUAAUUGUUCAUCAUUUUCAUCAUGUGUUUUAUGCCAAUCACAAGUUGGAUGUCAAUGGUGUUCGCAACGAUGUUCAUCUAUGUGUACAACGGAAACCGUAUCUCAAUGUUCAACAUUUAAUCUUUUAGAUCCUUCCAGUAUAUUUCUUCAAUCUAGUCAAUCUGUUGAUAUUCCAUUAAAAUUUGAUGCAAUUCAAUUUGAUAAUCCAAUUCAAUGUCGUUUAAAUGAAACAAUUCAUGGUCUAGUAAAUUCCAAUAAUAUAUGUCAAAUUACUAAAAUUCCUGAAAUUGCCAAUAAAAAUGAUGAGAAAAUGUUUUUAACUCUUAUUCAAAAUGAUAUUGUCAUUGGUAAUCCAAUUGAAAUGUUUAUAUAUCGUUGUGAUCUAUAUGAUUCAUGUGAUAAAUGUAAUUUACGUUCUAAAUGUGUCUGGUGUCAAGGCCAAUGUUUAUCCAAAUUAUCAAAUACAUGUGUAACAAGUGAACAAUGUACAUCAUUACGUAUUAUAGAUUUUUCACCAAAAUUUAUUCCAUUAAAUGGUCAGACAAUAAUUACUAUUUAUAUUAAUGAAGUUUUUAACGAAAAAAUUAUUGAAAUUUUAAUUGUUGAUAUACCUUGUUUAAUAAUAAAUUCAUCGAAUGUAAUUCAAUGUCAAUCACAACCAUCAAAUUCAUCACGAAAAGGACGAAUUCAUAUACGUUUUUCAAAUUCUAUUUAUAUUUUAUCAAAAGAAAUGAUUGAAUAUCAACAAUCAUCUAUAAUUUCAAUAAAUCCAAAUAUUAUUUAUCAAUAUGGUGGACAAAUUCUUUAUAUCAAUGGACAAAAUCUAUUAAUUGGUAAUGAACAAAAAAUCUUUAUUGGUAAACAUCAAUGUAAAAAUAUAAAAGAAACAUUAAUAAAUAAUUUAUCAUGUCGUUUACCAUCGAUAACACCCGGAACUUAUAAUAUUAUUAUUAAAAUCGAUAAUCAAAUCAUUAAUACAGAACAAAAUUUAAAAGUAACACCAAAUCCAAUUGUUCAAGAUAUUGAUCCGACGAUUAGUUUUGCAAGUGGUGGUCGUUUAAUAACUGUACGUGGAAUGUAUUUUGAAUCCAUUCAAACAAUAACUGUGAAAUUUUCAUAUAAAAAAUGGAAUGCGAAAUUAAAAAUUAAUUCACAUAAUAUCUUAACAGCAGAAGAUGGAUCAAUGUCAUCAUUUAAUUUUCGUACACCAGGUCUUCCAUCACCGUCCGCUGAUUUUCCAUCAACACCAAUAGAUGUUAAUUUUUCACUUGAUUUUGAUGAUUCAAUUAUAUCAUUAACAAAUUUAAUUCAAUUUCGUUAUAUUCCUGAUGUUUUAUUAAAUAUAUCAGCUAUUCCACCAACUUUACCUUAUACAGGUGAAGAAUUAAAAUUACAAGUAGAAAAUUUAACUGAAGCUGCAUCAAUGCCAGAUAUUCAAUUAUUUAUUGGAUGUUCAGAAUGUAAACUUAAAACAUUUACAUCAAAAGGAAUUACAUGUCAACCACCAGCGAAAUUACUGCCAAGUACUGCAAUUAUUCUUAACAAUCAACAACAACAAGAUGAUUGUACAUUAUUUAAUUCUUCGAUUGGUCCAAUUCGUUUUCGCAUUGGAUAUCGUGAAUAUUUAAUCGGUUAUUUAUCAUACAAUCGAUUAUUAUCAUCAAAAUAUUCCAUUGUUACAAUAAUUUCUCUUAUAUUUGCUAGUUGUUUCAUAACAAUAGCUGUACUUAUUCUUGCUCUUUAUCUAUUUUAUAAAUUUCGAAAUAUUCAAUCUCAAAAAAAAACUUUAACAAUUAAAAAAAAUAUUGAGCAAAGUGAAAAACAAUUUUGGUCAACAGAUACAUCAGCAUCUACAGGUCCUUAUUAUCAAGUUUAUGAACAAAUAUCCUCUAUAUCAUCUCAUGAAAAUACUUUAACACGUGCUCCACUUCUUCUUACAUGUCCAUAUUAUCAAGAAAAACGUAAUACACCACCAAUCAUGGAACAAUUACAAAUGAGUUUAUCAUUUUUAACAACUAUAUCAAUUGAAGAUAGUCAAUUAACAAAACUUCUAUUUCCUACAGAUAAAAAAUUUUCAUCGAUUCAUUAUCGUCCAUCAAUGGAAUUAUUCUAUGAUUUACUUAAUAUGAAACCAUUUUCUCAAGCAUUUCUUAAUCAAUUAAUUGAACAUAAUUCAUCUGAUCUUUUACAAUGUUAUGCUUAUCUAUUUCGUUAUACUCCUCAACAUUUACAAUCAUUAAAUAUAUUUCAUCAGUUUUUUUCGACGCUUUUUCUUCAAACCAAAACUGAUUUAAUUAAUAAAUUUCAUUUUUUUGAUGAUUUUUUACGUAUAUUAAUUGAUUUAAUAGAUUCAUCACCAUGUGAUGAAUUAUUACAUCGGUCAUGUCGUUCAAUAUCAUCAUCAACAUUAUUAUUAUAUAAUAUACAAUAUCAUACAUUUCAAUUAACAAUUGAUUAUGAAAAUUUUCUUCGUUUUCAUUUAUCUGUUCUUGAUUGUGAUACAAUAAAUCAAAUAAAACAAAAAAUUAUUCGUUAUUUAAAUUCAUAUGAAAAUACAUAUCGAUUAAUUGAUUAUGAACAAUUAGAUUUAUUAUUACCAUCAUUAGAAAAUUCGACAUGUAUAUAUCAAAUUCCAAUGUUAAAAAAUUAUUUUAUUAAUUCAAUAAUACAUUGUCAAAAGAAAAUACAAAAUAAAAAUGAAAUAAAUAAUUUUAGUUAUCAUUUAUGUAAAGAAAAUCAAUUGAUUUAUGAUGAAAAUUUACUUGAAGAAAAAUUAAUUGAAAAUAAAAAUCGUUUACAACAAAUUUUAAUUUAUUUUUAUCAACAAAUUGCGAAUGGAUUGGAUUUAUUUGAUAUUUGGAAAGCUGAUAUUAAUCAAGAAAAUAAACAAAUUUUAUUUCAACAAUAUAUUCAAUUGGUUAGUGAAUUAAUUCGACGAUUAAAUCGUUUAAUGUUAUGCCGUUCAACUUGUCCAAUAACUGAAUCAUGUUUAAAUGUAAUUGCAGAUGGAUUAGAAUUUAUCUUCGAUACUCGAACAGACGUUUCAUCUGAAAUAAAAUUAUUAUUUAUGGAUGAAAAAAAACAUUUUUCAUCAUUUGAUAAAAAUAAUUUUCAUUUUCAUUCAACAAAUUCUUAUUCACAAUUAUCAUUAAAUGAUAUUCGUUCAGUAAUACUUGCUGAUGAUACUGCAAUUGAAUGUCUUUUUAAACUUUAUCAAUUUUAUGAAUUAUAUAGUGAACCUAUUAAUCAACAUAUUGGAGAAAAUCAUGUUAGUGUAUUAUUACCAAUUCAUCAUUUACUCGUACAAAUUCGACAAUUAAUUGAGUCAGAUAAUCAAACAUUCAUUUAA